UUUGGCAUUUGGGUGAUUUGUUUAAUAAUAAAAAAAAAAAAUGGAGAAGAUUUUUAUCACAACACCCAUUUUAUUGGACUCUGUUAUAUGCCAACGUCCCCUCUUCUCUCUGUCUCUUUCCCCUCCGUUUCAACAUACUCGGUGCAGUGUUAAAGCAACUUAUAGUCAUUCAGCUAUGGACGUCUCUGGAGGUCAAAGUGUGUAUCCUUUACACCGUUGCAAAACUAUACAUCUGGUGAGGCAUGCUCAGGGGAUUCACAAUGUGGAAGGAGAAAAGGACCACAGUGCCUACCGAUCUCCACACCUUUUUGAUGCACACCUUACUCCUCUUGGCUGGCAGCAGGUAGACAAUCUACGGAAACAUGUUCACGCGUCUGGAAUUUCUAAGAAGGUGGAACUAGUUGUCACUUCUCCUCUAUUGAGGUGUAUGCAAACAGCAGUUGGAGUUUUUGGUGGAGAAGGAUACACAGAUGGAAUAGAUGUUCCCCCACUCAUGGUGACAGAUGCAGGAAACAGUAACCAUCCAGCAAUUUCAAGUUUAAAUUGCCCUCCCUUCAUUGCGGUGGAGGGUUGUCGUGAACACUUGGGAGUUCAUUGGUGUGAUAAGAGGAGAAGCAUUAGCGAAUACAAGCCUCUAUUCCCUGCAGUUGAUUUUUCCUUGAUUGAAUCUGAUGAUGACGUUCUCUGGGUGCCUGAUAUUAGAGAGUUAAAUGAAGACGUUGCUUCCAGAGGAAUGGAGUUCUUCAAGUGGCUGUGGACACGGAAGGAGAAGGAGAUUGCUAUUGUGACACACAGUGGAUUCUUGACCCAUACACUCAGUGCAUUUGGUAAUGAUUGUCAUCCAGAUGUGAAGAAUGAGAUAGGCAGACGAUACGAGAACUGUGAACUUCGGUCCAUGGUUAUCGUUGACAGAAGCAUGAUUGGAUCAGAUUCUUCAGCAACUGAUUAUCCAGGAAAAAUUCCAAGUGGAGUAGAUGCGCCAAGUGACAAUACAUGUAUUGAUCAUCCAGAUGGAUUGCCACACUGAUGAUAUUCCAAGCAACGGCCAUAAAAAAUGUUUGAGUUUGGGUUGCUUUAGGAUUCUGUCAAAGUAAUGUAUUGGAUCAUCUCAUUUGGAGCAAAUUGUGGCUGACUCCAAAUAUAUCAUAUUCUUGAACAAAGUAGACUAAUCCAAAUUUAUUGGUAAGGUACAAGCAACAGUUUCGAUGCCUUACAAUUAGUAGCAAGUAUUUGUUGUAGUAGUCCAAUCACAUUUCAUACACAUACGAUAUAAGUCAUCUUUUUUCGCAAUUGAGAAGUACUGGGGUUUCAGACUUUCAGGUA